CUAGAACAAGAAUAUGGCAUGCCCCCUUUAAACAAACACGAAGAACCCUUCCUGUUUAUCGGCGUCAUGACAACACGAAAUAAUUUGAAAACAAGAGCGACUGCGAUUGGUCGGACCUGGGGAAAGCACAUUCCGGGGAAGAUCGUCUUCUUUGUGGGACAGGGCGAACACUACGAGGUGGAUUUAGGCCUACCUGUCGUGGUUUUGGACGACGUUUCGGACAUCGCCUACCCUCCUCGGAACAAGUCGUUCGCGAUGUUGAAGUACAUCAGCGACCAUUACAGCAGCCAGUUCGAGUGGUUCAUGAGAGUCGAUGACGACAUAUUCAUCAAGCCCGACCGUCUGGAGACAUUCCUCCGCUCUGUAAAUAGUUCCAGACGUCUGUAUUUGGGUCAGCCGGGGCUCGGCGUCCCGGCGGAGAGGGGCAAGCUCGGGUUAGGUGACGACAGCUUCUUCUUCUGUAUGGGAGGCCCGGGGGUGGUCUUCACGCGGGACACCUUGCGACGAACGGCUCAAGGGUUCGCGUCGUGUCUACAGCACACCUACUCGCAUCACGAAGACACGGAGCUAGGCAGAUGCGUCAAUGAACACGCUGGGGUCUCGUGCAGUGCCGCCUAUGAGUUUUCGAAACUAUUCUACCAAAACCGAGUGGACAGAAAUGGUUCAUUUGAAGGUGAACUGGACGAAAGCGCUGUUCGGUCAUUAACCCUACAUCCCGUGAAACAGUCGGAACACGUGUACAGGCUGCAAAAUGGCUUUAACGUCAGACGUUUCUUACAUCUUAAAGAGACAGUGUCUCGUCUAGAAAACACUAUCGCAGCCAUGGAUAACACACUCUCUCAAGCUGUGCAAAAAAAGUCAAAGGGGAAAAGCCCCAAACGAUUACACAAAAGAAGUGCAGAAUGCAAAAUUACCAAUAAUGGGGCAGAUGACAUUUGGAAUUUUAUUCGGAAUGGGCUGAUUUACGCACGUACACAUCCGUAUCAAAAUCCGUUCGAAAAUGUAGGGAGGAGGGGAAGGCAGCUAAGAAUUAACGAAACCCUUUUGAGCUUGAAGAAGUUAGGCCUACUACCAAAAUCAAACUUCAAUAAACCCGUUUUCUAUUACGAAAAAAUAAGCCCGAAUGUCGGGGUGGAACACAUUGUGACAAUCGGAAACCAAUCUUCUUACAAACCGUUUGUGGCCGUACAGCGAUUUCAACGACCAGAAGUAAUCGAAAUUCAGACUGAUAAUAAGACUCGAGACAUGGUCAUGUAUAUAAUACUGCCAAUAUAUCGACGGUCGAAAGAGUUCGCCAAUUUCUUGACGUCGUUAAAGAGAGCCGCUCACCAAUACCGCGGCAAGAUCCAUCUCCGGGUUGCAGUAUACAAAGAUGUCGAAAAAGAGUAUUUGAUGUCCCUGAAACAUUACAAAGCGUUCGAGGGUGUAUGCCAGAAUCUGACGAGUGAACUGUUUCUGCUGUCGGGCCAGUACUCGAAGGUGAGAGCAAUGAACAGAGCUGUGCAAGGUCUACCUCUAGACUCGCUGAUCCUGUUCAUGGACGUCGAUAUGAUCUUCACAGCCGGCUUUCUAGACAAAGUGAUUCUCAACACGAAGCGCGGCAAAGAAGCCUUCUUCCCCGUCUCCUUCUCCCUAUACGACCCGAGAACAGCCUGCCACGGGAAGCGUGGCUGCCACUUCGAGAGAAACAGUUUUGAAAUCCACCAAGAUCGCGGAACGUGGCGCCAUUUUGGUUUCGGCAUUGUGGGAAUCUACAAAGACGACUUCCUGCGCGUUGGAGGCUGGGAUUCCUCGAUCAUGGGAUGGGGGAAGGAGGAUACUCUCUUCUACGAGGAGUGUUUCAGCUACGGGUUUCCGAUUUUCCGCUCCAUUGAGCUGGGUCUAGUGCACGUGCACCACUUGAAAUACUGUAACGUCAGUCUUCCCACUGACCAGUACAACAUGUGCAUCGCUUCACGUGCUCAGAUGUAUGCGUCACAGACCGUGUUGGCUAAUCUCGCCUUUAACAUGACGUCUGUCAAGGCCAAGGAAUGAAUGAAUGAAUGUUUAACGACACCCCAGCACGAAAAAUACAUCGGCUAUGGGGAAGGAAGGGAAUGUUUUAGUUAACAACACACUCAACACAUUUUAUUUACAGUUAUAUGUCGUCAGA